GAAGAUGACUGUGAGCAGGAACUCAUUUGUGGGGAAAAUGCAAACUGCUUCAACACUGUUGGCAGCUACUACUGUCAGUGUGACAUAGGAUUCAUACCAGAGGGCACUAAACCAACUGUUAAUUUCACACAAGCAGAUGGGAUUCAGUGCAAAGACUUUAAUGAAUGUGUGAAUACCAGCAUUAAUUGUGGUCCAAAUGCAGAAUGUGUCAAUAAUCAAGGAGGUUAUGCCUGCAUAUGUAGAACUGGCUACACUCCCAGCAAUGGAAAGGAAACAUUUCUUGUUGGACAAGGAGUUCAGUGUGUUGACCUUGAUGAAUGUGUAAAUGCCAGCAAUAAUUGUGGUCCAAAUGCAGAAUGUGCCAAUAAUCAAGGAGGUUAUGUGUGCAGCUGUAGAACUGGCUACACUCCCAACAAUGGAAAGAAGACAUUUACUGCAGAACAAGGAGUUGAGUGUAAUGACACCAAUGAAUGUGUGAAUACCAGCAUUAAUUGUGGGGGAAAUGCAGAAUGUGUCAAUAGUCAAGGAGGUUAUGCCUGCAAAUGUAAAUCUGGCUACGUUUCCAGCAGUGGAAAGGAGACAUUUACUGUAGGACAAGGAGUUCAGUGUGUUGAGUUUAAUUAUGAGAUAUUUAAAAAGAAGAUCACUGCAUUUGAGGCUGCUAAUCCAGAGCUGGCAGAACUUGUCUUCUUGAUGAACAGCAGCUGUGAGGCACUAAAACAGAAUAAAAUUCAAAAUGGAGAAAAGCUUUUAGAGGAAUUUCUCAGUGCUCUAGACGGUCUGCUUCAGAAUAAUGAUCAGUUGGAUAACAAGAAAGCCUCAGCGGUGUUUAGUAUUGUGGAAAGCAUGCUUAAACUGAUAGGACUUAUGCUGCCAAGCAGCCAAACCAAGAGGUCAACCACUAGAUCUGAUGUGGAGCUGUUGGUUAAGAGGAACAGUACUCCACCUGGAGGUCGUUUCAUGGUAUCCAGCAAUGGCACAUGGUUUACUUCCCACUGGGACACAGCAACAGGAAAAGAAUACAUGGGCUUUUCAACAGUGGCUCUCCUCAGCUACACAGGUCUGGAAGAAUCACUCAGCCGCUAUUUUAACCAUUUAGAGAAACAAGAAAAGCAAACAUUCAAAAUCAAUUCAGAAAUAGUAACUGCCACUGUUAGCAAUGAAGACACUGCCAACCUGGAGAAACCAGUAAAUUUCACGUUUUCGCACUUGAAGAAAGAGAAUGUGAAUCACAUUUGUGUGUUUUGGGAUCAUGAUUUGGAUGGGGGUGCCUGGUCGACCCGUAACUGCUCCACAGUGAGGUCCACUGCUGAUGAGACGAUCUGCUCCUGUUCUCACCUCAGCAGCUUCGCUGUGCUUAUGGCUCUCUAUGACAUUGGGGACGUGUACGAGCUGCGUCUGAUCUCAUGGGUUGGACUGUCUCUGUCUCUGGUCUGCCUCCUCAUCUGCAUUAUCACAUUUUACGCGGUGCGAUCCAUCCAGAGCACACGCAACACCAUCCACAUGCACCUGUGCAUCAGCCUCUUCAUCGCAUACUUUGUGUUCCUCGUGGGAAUCACCCGCACUGAGAAUAAGGUGGGCUGUUCAGUGGUUGCAGGUGUUCUGCAUUACUUCUUCCUGGCUUCUUUCUGCUGGAUGUGUCUGGAAGGAGUGCAGCUCUUCCGCAUGGUGGUGCUGGUUUUCAACACCACACUGAGACACGUCUACAUGUUUGCUGCCGGUUAUGGAGUUCCUGCUCUUAUCGUUGCCAUUUCGGCCUCAGUGAAUGCAAGCGGAUAUGGCACCCCGAACUACUGUUGGCUCAACAUUGACGAUGGCUUCAUCUGGAGCUUUUAUGGGCCAGUUUGUAUUAUAAUUGUU